AUGGCUGAGGAGGCAUUGAAUCAGAGCUUGCUCUACCGGCUCUGGCGCGUGCGCGUCACACUUGCACAACUCUGCCAAGACCGUGGCUACGAUGUCAAGUCGGAGGAUUUACUGCUGACUCGUGAAGGCUUUGCGGAACGCUUCGGCAGCCAACCUCUAAAUGAACAACCGCGCCGCAGUGAUUUGGACUUUGUCGUCCAGCGUGCCAGCGAUCCCACCGAUCAACUUGGCGUGUACUUUGCCAAUGACCCCAAAGUGGGCAUCGCCGUUGUGCGCGAUUUCUUUGAGGAGAAAGAGCUCGUGGUCAACGUCACAAAGCACGAGCUGGUCCCCAAGCAUUUCCUACAGACCCCCGAGGAGAAGGCCGCGCUGUUGGAGCGGUACAAGCUUAAGGAGCAACAGUUGCCUCGCAUCAAAGUGACAGAUCCCAUUGCCCGGUACCUUGGCCUUAAGCGCGGGCAGGUGGUCAAGAUUAUUCGUGAAAAUAGUCCAACAGCCGGCCGCUAUGUAUCCUAUCGCCUCGUCUUUUGA